CUUGUUUCGACUCUAUGCACUGCAAAGCAAAUCACGGGCGGAGUUUAAAACUGACCGAGCGCUGCCCAUCCCCAUUUUCAUGGCUGAGAAGAGCCAGGGUCUUUUCGACGAAGCCAAAGAAGGAUAACUUCCAGCCCCAACAGGACGCGACUCGCACUCGGUCAAAUACACCACUCGAUGGCAAGCCUCUUCGCCGUCGCAUCGAUCUUCAACAUCUCCUCAGGCUAGAGACCAUCAAAAACGCAAACGCAAAGUGAACGAGCAGGACACCAUCUCCGCAGCACCCAGAGCUCCCUCAAGGUGACUAUUUGACUCUCAAACGACAGAUGGCUCGCCGAUCUAUCCAAGCUCAAACAGCCGCCCUUCCCUCCUACCAACCACCAAACGAUAUACACUUCUUCAAUCGCGUCAAGCGCACGUUGGGGAACCGAGAAACCUACAAUGAGUUUCUCAAGCUCGUAAAUCUUUUCCACAUAGGAGCUUAUCGAUCCUGCACGCCUCGUCGCGAAGCACGCAAUUUCCUUGGUGAUGGGAACAUAUGGAAAGGGUUCAGAGUCCCAUUUAGGACGGGUUUAGCGUUAACGUCCGCCAGGAUUGCAGUCGCCCCGCAAUAUGGCCAUGUUGGGUCUGCCAACGCAGUCUUGGUCAGACUGGCACCGGCAUCCCUCGGUUCUGAGACUGACGAUGGAGAUCCGGUAGUUGCAAUUGCGACUUUUUUCAGAAUAACGUAUUGUUUAUUCCUUGACUUCCCAGUCAUAUCUACCUUCGGCACCAUCUGGUCCCUCUCGUCAUUCCCAGCGUCCCGACUUCCCAUACAUUCUCGUCUCGUCACUUAUGGAACAUUUGCAGCGCCCUUCGACACCGUCCGAGUCAGUCCGACAGCAACCAAGUACAUUGUUGCGCUACAACAACGUCCGUCCAAAGCGCCGUUUUUUCACGUACUGCUCCCUCUGAACAUUAAAGCUCAGGUUGGUCGGUCAUCGUCAGCGAUAGCUCGGCCGCUCGAUGCACGGCCUUCUCAAACACAGUCGGCAACACAACAACCUGCGCAGGAAGGACUGUUGGGGCAAUUUGUGCUUCGCACUCAGUCCCUGGCGUAUCAGUGGUUUAUGAAGACAUGGGCAGAGGAGUUCCCUUUUGAUCUGGGUCCUGAUACUGCAAUGGAUUUACAUAACACAGAGUCGCGUACCGUUGCCGAGAUGUAUCAGGAUGCUUUGGGAUUAGCGUGACUUCCCGUUUUGGUAACACCGCACGACGACAAAAUCGAGCUCGCUGUUGAGGACAGCGAGCUCAAAUAGUUGCCCAAUCCUUCACCC